AUGCUCAUCUUCCGCCACCUGGCCCUUCUUCUUUACACUCUUCUUAUAAUCGACCUUAUACCUGUUGUUUCGGGAAUAAAUGCAAGUAAAAAAUUGGAAAAGGAUAAGGAGAAGAAGAAAAAGUCCAAAACCCGUUUGGUUGCCACUGUACCUGGCGACAUAAUUCUUGGCGGUCUUUUCCCUGUACACAGUUCCGGCGCUGUGAAGUGUAUGUCACUUAACCCAGAGCGUGGCAUUCAACGUCUGGAGGGGAUGCUCUUCACUCUUGAUGAAAUUAACAACAACUCCGCCCUUCUCCCAGGCUUACGGCUGGGUGCCAAUCUGCGAGACACUUGCUCCCUUGGUAACCAUGCGUUGGAACAGUCGCUUGACUUUGUAAAAACAACCGUGGAUGAUGUCAUGAACGAGCCGAAGGAACAGGACAAAAUGUGUGUCUGUCCUUGUGCUCCCGGAGGGAUACCAUAUUGUCCUGGCGGGGGACAAAGAAUGUCUAGCUCAACCAUGCCUCAUCCGACCUCGUGGAGCCAGGACAUUGUUCGAGGUGUGGUGGGAGGGUCGUAUACAACUGUCUCCAUUCUUGUGGCUAACCUCUAUAGACUCUUUAAACUACCUCAAAUCUCCUACGCCUCAACUAGUGCCGUGCUUAGUGAUAAGAGGACCUACCCGUUGUUCGCACGCACUGUUCCCUCCGACGUGGAGCAGGCUCGAGUGAUGGCAGCUCUCGUGGCAGCGCACAAUUGGACCUAUGUGUCAACUGUACGAAGUGCUGGCGAUUAUGGCGACUCUGGGAUGGACGCCUUCUGGAAGGAGGCGGACAAACGGGAUGUAUGCAUUGCUGCGAGGGAGGUUGUGCGUGGCAGUUCUUCGUCCAGUGAUCUGGACGAGGUGGUACGCGUGCUGCGUUACGGCUUUUCCAAAGCUCGUGUGGUCGUUCUUUUUACCAGAAUGGAUCACACAAAGUUGUUGUUAGAUGCAGUUAGGAGAGCAAAUCACACCGAUCAUUUCGUCUUCAUUGGCAGCGACGGUUGGGGUAGAGAAAAUAUGCCAGUUUUAAAUAACUCUCGUGUUGCCAACGGCGCACUUACGAUUGAAAUCCUCGCAACUGAGAUUGAAAAGUUUUCAACUUAUUACAAGAAUUUGCGAUUAGACAAUACGCGGAACCCGUGGUUUGCCAAGUACUGGCAGUCGCUGUUCGGUUGCACAUUCGACAACUCAAGCACUCAGCAAAAUGUCCCUCACUGCGAGGUGACCAAGAAUAAGCGACUGGGUGAUAAGCUGCCCGAGCCUUUUAAACAAGAGGCGAAGAUCCAAUUCGUUUAUGAUGCUGUCUAUGCUCUAGCACAUGGGCUGCAUAAUCUUCAACAGAAGCUCUGUCCCUUCGAUCCAGAUCCCGCAAAGUGGGACAAAAAUGAGUGCAUACGGAAGCUUUUGGCCUAUCCCGGGGACGAGUUCUACAAAAUUAUCAUCUCCACGACCUUCAAAGAUAACUACAAUAAUCUGGUCGCUUUCGACGAGAACGGUGACGGUGUCGGCCAGUACUUGAUUUACAAUUACGCUCGCGACCUCUACUCCGGUGAGUACCAGUACAGACUGGUGGGAGACUACAAGAACUCAAAGCUCUCCAUGCGCUACCGUCCAAUUUGGCCCGGAGGCCAGUCCAAACUUGUGCCCUCCAGCCAGUGCUCCGAGGAGUGCCCGUUUGGCUCGGUGCGCAAGUACAGCAAGAAGCAGCAGUGCUGUUGGACGUGCGAGGAGUGCCAACCGAACCAGAUAAUCGCCAAUCUGACGCACUGUCAGACCUGUGCCGACCAGUACUGGCCCACCCUCGAUCGAAGGACAUGCGAGCUGCUUGAGCUGCACUACAUAAAGGUGAGCAGUUGGUUCGCCAUAUUUCCGAUGGUGCUCAACUUCAUUGGAAUCGUGGCCACAGUGGGAGUGAUAGUGACACUGGCAUUGUAUUCGGAGACACCGAUAGUGCGGGCAACAGGUCGAGAGUUGACCUACCUCCUACUCUCGGGUUGUCUGCUCUGCUAUCUCUCCUCCCUCAUUCUCCUCGUGCCACCGAACCCUGCAGCCUGCGCUAUCCAGCGAGUAGGCAUUGGGUUGGGUUUUGCUAUUAUGUACGCCUCCCUUUUGACAAAGACAAAUCGUUUGGCGCGCAUUUUUGAUGCCGCCAAGCGCACUACCAAACGCCCCGCUUUCAUCUCCCCCCGCUCCCAAUUGGCCAUCGCGGGAGGCCUUGUAGGUCUACAAUUUGCCCUUUCCGUAAUCUGGCUCGGCUUCGACCCGCCUUCAACUCGCGUCGAUCCUCUCCAGCCCAAUUUUCUAGUACUUCGCUGCGCAAUCAAAGAUAGCAGCAUGGUCACCUCCCUUGCCUACAUUAUGCUCCUCAUUGUUGUCUGCACUAUUUAUGCUGUGAAGACUCGCUCCAUUCCUGAAAACUUCAACGAAUCACGUUUCAUUGGUUUCGCCAUGUACACAACCUGUAUCAUCUGGCUGGCUUUUGUGCCCAUCUACUUCGCCACCAUGAGUAGUUUUGAAAUCCAAAUAUCAACACUGUCGGUCUCGGUGAGCUUAAGCGCAACCGUUACGCUGGUCUGCCUGUUUGCACCCAAGGUCUACAUCAUUUACUUCCAUCCGGAAAAGAAUAUACGAAAACUCACAAUGAAUAGUGGCCCUGGAAGCAAAAGUCGCUACGCUACCUGCAAGUCUCCGCCAGAAAGCUACGGCAGGCAAAGCUCCAGCAUGGGAACGGACUGUGUGAUCACCAACACGGUGGUCACACAGCCCACGCAGUCCUCCACCACUCUGAAGAUCGUCUCAAAGACCCUAGAUUCUCGGAGUGACCGUAAAUUGAAUCUUAUUUCAAGCUCUUCUUCUGUUCUCAAAGUGGAUGACUUCGAUGAAGUUUCUAAACGACCCCUUCUGAGUGUAACAAAGGAGACGACAACAGUGAAUGCUUUAAUUCCACGGCGCAACUCCAACGACUUUGCAGAGCCAAUAAUCGUUAACAGAUCGUUCACCAGACUGCAACCAGGUCCCGCAGUUCCCGUCGAUGGUGACCAUCCGAUAGGAGGCAGCAGGCCGCCUGCCUACCAGGCGAUCGUUUCACCGAUGCCCCUCCUGCUGGACAACUUGGCUGUGAGCAUCGCCUCGGUGCCCGCUUGCCUCUGUGAAGAGGAGGAAAGCGCGGAAGAAACCAACACAUCAGCCUCCUCCUCCAUUGCCUACGGCAAUGAGCGCUGCUACUCUGGCCGACCUACUUCAAGUGAAACAUCUAUCAACGCGCCAGAUUGCAAAGACGAUGACGCUGACUCCAUCAACCCCUAUGUCUACCAUAAUAGGAUCAUGCAGGUCACUGUUACUCCCGCCACCACCAGUGUAGUUCACAACGGCCGACUUGCCGCCGAAACCGACUCAAUAGGCGAUCUAUGGCAACAGGUAAAGCCACAGGGCAUGGGUGGGGCUCGCCACUGCACUGUGGUUGAACAGAACACGUGUUUCACUAAUGCCGCAGGUUUUACUUACGACAUUAUCUCAGCAAGUAGGCGAAUGGAUGAGGAAAAAAUAAGCUCCGUAUAG